AACCUCUUUCUGCGUCCCCUUUUCCUCUCUAUUUCUCUAUUCCAUUCUCGUUACGAUGAGUCUAUCGGUGGACCGAAUAAAGUGGUAGAUUUCGACCUAUCCCGUCCGGAUCGCUGGUCCCUCACAUUGACAUGGGGUAUUAUGGGACGAAACGAUGGCCUCACACAUGAAUCUGUGGUGGAACAUCAUGGCAGCCGGUGCUGCUGGCGAUGGCGAAGUUGGUGCCACUCACCGCCGCGUGGACUUUUGGGGAGACGCGUGCGGCCGCUGGAAGGGGUGAGGGUUGGAACGCAGUAGCAGCGGCGGUUCCAGCAGCAGCCGCCAGCGAAUAACGGGACCCGCCGGCUAAGCAGCACAUGGUCGAGUCUCCAUCACUGUCGCGUUGCUUCACCCACAGAGCAAGAGAGAAACCGACCCGGACGCAAGAAGAUACUCGCGCACAGCGUCACAGGAGUCAACAGUAGUAUGACACUGACAUCAACAACCGACAACGGACAGGCAGAAAGACUGGCCAACUGGUCCUUAACUGGCCGUCGUGAAACUUCAGUAUAAAACGAACUGAUGAUGAUUAUUAUCCGGUGAGUUUAAAGCGAAAGUGAUCGAUAUAUCUGUAUGUUGUCAUAACGAUAUUGUGAAGCUUGGCCGAAGAAGAGGAUGAGGAUGCAAAGUGUGUUUCGAUCAGGGUGCGUGUUCUGUUCGAGUCUGAAGACGAAGUGCGUUUGAAACGAAGAAAAAUAAAGGGGGCAAAAUAUUAUAGUCGAGUGCGGUCUGCAAAGGGCUCCGAGAAGGGUUGGGCGCUGGUUCGGACCACCAUUGAAGAACGGACGUGUUUGUUCGUAGUGUUGAAGUUCGCAGUCGCCGGAGGUCAUUGAACGUUCGUGAGCAAUAUAUAGCAAAGGUCAAAGAGUUAGUUUAAAGUACACCUAGAACUUGAGGAGUGAUGGUGGUCUAGGGAAAAGGUUGUCAAGCUCUGACCUAAUUGAAGAUCUCACGCACAGUAAUUAUCGCCUCCAGAGGACAAAGAAUGCCAUCUAUGACGUGUAAAGUUGAAUUGAAAAAUGUAAGAUUGUGACUAAAACGAGUGACUCUAUCUGUGGAUUAUUACAUCAUCGACAAAAUAUUUUACCACACACUUGAAUUACAAGAUACAAAACAACGCCAGCAGGAAGAACUGUGUGCCGAAGAAAGGGGUGAGUGUUGCGUGUAUUUGCCUGCCCCGCCUGAUGUUGCAAGUUCAAGGUGCGCGAUUGCCCCAAGGAGCCGCCAUCGCGCGCCAGCGACGUUAGUGUAUUGACGUUAGGUUCGGGUAGGCGCAGGACUGUGCGAUGGCGGAUCUAUCCUGGCAGCAACCCGCUUUUCCACGUCGAUCGCCACCAUUAGCUACACCAAGCGGCCUCGGAAGCGCUUCACUGCCUGGGUUACCUCCUGCGUUAGCUAGUCUUGUUAGCCUUCCGAACUUGCCCUCGGUCGCUUCGAACCCUGUGGCCAUCAGUGGCGGCGGAGGCGCGACGCAGGCCAGCACGCCGACGACCGUAACGCCACAGUCCAACAGCUCUGGAUCAAUUUCAAGCGGUCAGAGUGGCCAAGCCGCUGAACGUAAGGUGCUCGAGUGUCCGCGAUGCUUCAAGCAGAUUAUGGGUGCCAGUAAUCUAAUGGCACAUCUUCGGACCCACACGGGAGAAAAACCGUUUACGUGUGACAUCUGCCUCAAGGACUUCUCACAAAGAGGCAAUCUUAUCAUGCAUAAACGCCUGCAUACUGGUGAGCGUCCGUUCAAAUGUGAGGAGUGCGGUCGUACCUUCACGCAAAAAGGUAACCUGAAGGCACACAUGCGCUGCCAUACUGGCGAGACGCCCUACGAAUGCCAGUAUUGUCCGGCGCGAUUCUCGCAGCAUAGUAGCCUCAAAUCACACCUCAGGAACCACUACAAUGAACUUGAACAUAUUAUCCAACAACAGCAACAACAACAGCAGCAACAGCAACAACAACAACAUGGCUCCUUGGUAGUGACAGAGGUCACGAAGCUGUUAACCCACCCACCACAGAACGCUGCCGAAGAGCUCCAACGGCGACUGGUUAUUUCGGCCCUACAACAGCACCAAUUUCCACCUCAGCUGAGCCUCAAUGCGGGUAGUGGCUCCAGUUUGAGUAGCGGGAAUUCAUCCGGAACCGCCAACCAUCAGGGGGAAAAUGGCGGUUCUUCAGGCCACGAAAACACGCAAAACCUCAUCGAGAAGUCACUCUCGAUUAUCAUCGAUUCGAAGGACGAUGGUAGUGAGGUAAAGAAAGAGAUGCUCGAUAUCGCUGCCGGAUGUGAUGACUUAGGCGUGGAUGACGAAGCCGACGAAAAUGAGGAAGCAGGCGAUGGCUUGGGGGAUCAGGACAACCAAAACAACGCGGAUCAAGAUAGCGAUUUAAUGCAUGAUGCGAGUCAAGAACCCGGCAGUUCUCCGCCGAUGAGCCCUGAAGGAACACAGCCAGGAAGCAACAAGCGGCACCGAUCAAUAGAAGAUGACGAAGACGACAAGGACGAGGAAAACAGCUCCACGACUCAUAAAAAGUUUAGGCUUUCCGGAGGCGGUGGCGGAGAUCGACGCUCAGCCUCACCUCUCUCAGGUCGCGAUGACUCUAUGAUCAACAACGGAGUGUCAAUUGGUUCUCAUUUCGACUCCUUGGAAAGUCUGUCCGCAGCGAAUAAUAACAAUAACAGCAACCCUUCUAGUCAUAAUUCCCCACGUAAGGAUACCGCGGAUUCUACUUCGAGUAAUGCGCAAGAUUAUGCCAUCCCCUUAGUAGUGCGUGGUUCAAAGAGUCCUCCUACCACACCCGGAAGUCUCAUUGAUUUCUUGAACCAUAACGGACAUGCCCUGGCGCAGCUAACCGGGGGACACAAUCCCACUCGCAACGGUUAUCAUGGGCAUAAACAACAUCACCCUCGUCUCCUCAAAACGGAACCCGACUCGACGCCAUCACCUUUACACAGCGCUUGUUACCCCGCCGACUUGUUCGCUGCUUCAUUUGCGACGGAUGUAUCCAUCGAGAUGUUCAGGUCAUCAUUGUGCCUAGCCCGAUCAAUGAUUCGCGCGUACGGCCCGUCAAGAGCUGGCGAUCUUAAAGAACUAGCUAUUCAUGAAGAAUGGUUGUCUGUCUGGGCCUACACGACACCGAAACUUCGUCGGAGAGUACUCAAUAGAAUCAUUGAGCUUUCAUACAUUGUGACGAAGUAGAGCGAAUCGAUCCGAGACAACGACUCCAAUCGAGAAAGAGCAUACAACCCUUCCGAAGCUAGGAAAAGCGAAUGUGCUCAUGAAGGAGCAAAGGGGCAAAUAAAGAAAAACGUUCCGCCGACUUAAAACAUAUAUUCAUCACGUACUCAUCAAACAUUAAUGUGUAUCAUCACGCGCCAUCAGUUGAUACCAUUUUCCUUCACUUCUUACUCUCUAAUCCUCCAUCAAAGACACAUAAAAAUCCAUCAAACAUCCCAUCAACUCGCGCCUGAUCAACGACUAUCACCAGUGGAGCACGCCAGCAGACAUCAUCACCUUCCAGUUUUCGUAAUGUCCAUUGAGCGUACUGUCCCCUAACGAACAAGCGUAUAAGUGAACCCUGUUAACCUGCCAGUAACUUGACAAGCAUACAUAAUAGGUUUAGAAAAAAAAAAAAA